UUCCUAACAAGCUAAAUGUUGAAAGUGCGCAGCGGUCUAUCUAUACUUCAGGCGCAAAAAGCAGCCCUCUCUGUCAGCAGUCCGCUGCGUUGGCAGCCCACAGCAGCUGUAGCAGAGCCCAGAAAUGAUGCAGCGUGGCUACAAGCUCGUCCCUUUGAUCAGAUUCCUAGUACAACUUUUCUGUCUACUGUUCGGAAUUUUAUGCCUGGAGGAAAAUAUAGCAAACUGGACAUUGUGAAAUUGUUCAAAGCUUUGCAAGACGACUAUGGAAACAUAUUAUAUUUACCAGGUAUGAUGGGAGGUACGUCAUACCUGAUGACUCACAAUCCCAAGGACUUCGAGGUCGUGUUCCGGAACGAAGGAGUGUGGCCGCAUCGGCCUGGCAGCGAUACUCUUCGCUAUCAUCGGAAGACUCAUAGAAAGGAUUUCUUCCAGGGAGUGGAGGGAGCUUUACCCACACAAGGAAAAACCUGGAGCGACUUUCGAUCGGCUGUAAGUCCUGUCCUAAUGCAGCCGAAGAACGUGCGGCUUUACUAUAAAAAGAUGUCACAAGUGAACCAGGAUAUGUUCUCCCCCCUUCACAGUAUUAAAGCACUCCGUGAUAUCGAUACCCAGGAAGCUCCAGAUGAUUUCUUAAACGUUAUAAAUCGGUGGACCCUCGAGUCAGUCUCUGUGGUGGCUCUGGACAAGCAGUUGGAACUGCUCAAAGAGUCGGGCGAUAACGACCAGGCUGUGUUACUUUUCAAGUACCUGGACGAUUUUUUUGAAUUAACAGCCGAUCUGGAGAUGAAGCCCUCCAUCUGGCGUUACGUUAAAACACCCAAGCUAAUGAAGCUAAUGAAGUCCCUAGAUGGCGUUCAAGAAAUAACUUCAGCGUAUGUAGACGAAGCUAUAGAGCGUCUAGAGAAAGAGGCCAAGGAGGGUGUUGUCCGCCCUGAGAGCGAGCAGAGUGUACUGGAAAAGCUGCUCAAGAUCGCCAAAAAGGUGGCGGCGGUUAUGGCCAUGGACAUGCUAAUGGCCGGAGUGGAUACCACCUCAAGUACCUUUACAGCGGCCUUGCUGUGCCUUGCCAAGAAUCCGGAGAAGCAGGCCGUACUCCGAGAAGAGGUGAUGAAGGUUCUACCCGAGAAGGACUCCGAAUUCACUGAGGCAUCGAUGAAGAACGUUCCCUAUCUACGUGCCUGCAUCAAAGAGUCACAACGGAUCUAUCCUUUGGUCAUCGGCAAUGGCCGAUUUCUCAAUCGGGACAGCGUUUUGAACGGAUACCAAGUGCCAGCUGGUACCUGUGUGUCGAUGGUUCCCCUGAGCUUGCUAUCAAGCGAGGAGUACUUCCUUAAGGCUGCUGAGUUCCUGCCAGAACGUUGGAUUCGUAGCGCCACAGACUCCAACGGGCAAUGCCCGGCAAAUGACUUGAAGCUGAAGAAUCCGUUUGUGUUCUUGCCCUUCGGACUUGGACCCCGGAUGUGCGUUGGAAAGCGCAUCGUGGACAUGGAGCUCGAGCUGGGCAUCGCUCGACUCAUUCGGAACUUUAGCAUCGAGUUCAAUCAUCCCCUUCAUUUAAUUAGCUGUUUCAGAUUCCGAUUGCUUUUUGGGGACUUUUGCUUACGUUAAAGCGCGCUUUCCACACCUCUGCCUCCGCCGCCGUUCUAAAGGGAAACUGUAGAAUCUGAUUUACGACUCUCUCCAACUUCAAGUAUUUCCCCCUCUGCCAGCGUGCCAGUUGUACGCCAGCGUCGACGCUUUGGUUAUCUCAUGCAGGGCAAUUUGUCAAGCCAAAUAACGGUCUGCGUGUCAGUUUCAGUUCCAUUUUUUGCAUCACGGAGAACAGAACAGAACACAACAUGUCCAAGGGAUCGGUCCUACCACAGUAUAUAGCCGGUUUAUCGGCCAGCUUUGGCGCCAUGUGUAUGGGUGCCUCAAUCGGCUGGUCCGAAAUUUGUAAUUUCGAGUUCUUUAAGAGAUUUACUAACUAAUUUCAGCUGUAAAUAAAGAAGCAUUAGUGUACAGCUUA